CCUUCAAAUAUCUUGCUGGAUGCAGACUGCUUUGUUAAACUUUGUGAUUUUGGGCUGGCCCGUUCUUUAUGUCAGAUGAAUGAGGACCAAGGCAACCCUGCUCUAACGGAGUAUGUGGCAACACGCUGGUACCGAGCCCCCGAGAUCUUACUUUCCUCUCAGAGUUACACUAAAGGUGUAGACAUGUGGAGCAUUGGCUGUAUUCUGGGAGAGCUGCUACUUGGGAAACCUCUUUUUCCUGGAACAUCAACGGUGAAUCAAAUAGAGCAGAUCUUGAGGGUCAUUAAAAAAAAAUCCCCAGAAGAUAUUUUGGCUAUGCAAUCAGAUUACAGGGCCUCAGUUAUUAACCGCAUGUGUUCCCGGCAGCGAGUAACAUUUGAGGAGAUUUUACCAUCCUCUACUCCAUUGCCUGCCUUGGAUCUUCUGAAGAAACUUUUAGUAUUUAACCCUGAUAAACGACUCACAGCAGAGGAGGCUCUGCAGCAUCCUUAUGUGAAAAGGUUUCACUGUCCUGCCAGGGAGCCUUCUCUGGAUUAUGAUGUGAUUCUUCCUUUAGGUGAUGAUAUCCAACUAUCUGUGGCAGAAUAUCGAAAUAAAUUAUAUGAGAUGAUCCUUGAAAAGAAACUAAAUAGCCAUCCAAAGGAGCAAGUGGGGAGAGAAAACGCUCAACUAAGACAGUCUGAAUCCAGGCCACUUCUUCCAAAUUCCAGUUCUGUGACUUUACCUACCAGGAAAGGCCAGAGAGAACCAACACCGCCUCUUCUAAAAACUUUGCAUGCGCAUGCUGGAACUACAACUAGCGUCCAGACAGAAGUAUCCAGCCGGAGUGAAGAUUUAGCAAGAACUUUAUGUCAAAGAUCAAAGAUCAAUGUGAUAUACAAUCCCAUAACACACAUUGCUGUUCAAAGUAAUGCAAAUUCUGGUGCUGUGGUCAGGAACUGUUCUGCACCACCUUCUCAACAGGUCAGAAUCUCCAACAAUAGGAAACUGGGGAGACAAAUCACAUGGGCAAAUGCAAAUGCUCAGCUACCUCCUGCAAGUGUACAGAACCUUUAUAAUAAUCCAAGAAGUACUCAGUUUCACAGCAAAGAUGUUCAUCCCCUUCCGAAGUCCAGUAAAAAGAUGUUCCAGAUUACUGCAAAUAUGGGAGCUGCUGGUGAUCCAAAAGCAUCAAUGGGCAGUUACUCCCAGGCCUAUGGAACCAUAUGUAAAUCUGCACUGCAGUGUCUUCCAAUAUCAAAGACCUCCCAACAACAUGAGCAGUGA